GAACAUUGUAAGGUAGCACCUCAGUUAAAAACGUUCUUGAAACCAAACCGUGUUUUAUGGAAUAAAGGGGUGAAUGAGUGAGUGUUUCUGUUCCAGUCUAACCAAUGACUGGGUUGCCAAGGGCCCUGUGCCUGCUGGCCUUUUGUCUGGGGUGUGUCUCUGUGUGUUUGUGUGUGAGUGCUGUGGCCUGCUUUGCUGGAGAGUUUUCCUGUGACAAGGGAACAUGCCUGUCGGAGGACCGUGUGUGUGACUUCACCACCCACUGUAGGGAUGGUAGCGAUGAGAAAGACUGUUCUAGAUACACUCGGUGUGACUUUGAGGAGGGUUUAUGUGACCUGCUAGCUGGUUCAGACACAGACUCUGUAUGGACCAGAGGAACCCGCAUUUCAGGCUCUGGACCCAAACACAACCAUGCCAACAACCAAUCCGCUCAUUACCUAUUCCUCCAGGGAAUUAGAGGACAGAGGUCCUUGGCUGACCUACUUAGUCCUGCCUUCCUGCCCUUUGAGUCUUGCAGGUUGACCUUCUAUCACCACUUGGGGAGGGUGAAGGGAGGUCUGCAGGUUCUGACCCGAUCACAGCCACUGGACCAGGAGGUGCUGGUGUGGAGCCAAUCAGAACCACAUUCAGAAGCAUGGCAGAGGACUGUGAUACAUCUUACCAGUCAGCACCAGUUCCGGGUGGUCGUUCGAGGGGAGAUCUCUGCUGACAGCGUCCCCUCACAGGUCCUGGCCAUCGAUGACAUUUCCUUUGGUGACGGCUGUGUGACAGUCCCCGACAGAAGCAUGGCUCCUCCCACCCCUGGGUGCCCCCCCUCCUGGUUCCCCUGUGGUCCCCCUGGGGAGUGUGUGGAGGACAACAAGGUGUGUGACUUCACCCCACACUGCCCAGACGGACAGGAUGAAGCCAACUGCUCGUCUCACUGUGACUUUGAGGGGGGGUUGUGCGGCUGGUACGAGUUCACCCAGGGGGAUGGCUUCGAUUGGGUCCGGGGGUCUUCUCCAGAGGUCCCACCCCACUACCAGAGUCAGGACCCCCCUCUGGACCACUCCACCAACAGCUCCAAAGGUCACUUCAUGUUUGUGGUGAAGAACAGCAGCAGCUUGCACCCCCGAGCGGUCCUGAAGGGACCUCGCUUCCAGCAGACGGCGCCCGACUGCACCCUGACCUUCUGGCAUUUUAACUCAGGUAUAUCUGUGGGGGCUGCAGACAUGUACCUGCAAAUCGAGGGGGUCGAGAACUCCACCAUUUUAUGGAGGACCUUAUACAACCAAGGGAACCGCUGGAACAAGGUCACCGUCCAACUGGGACGCAUCACCCAGCCCUUCCAGAUCUCAUUGGCUAAGAUCAGCCUGGGCGUGUUUGAUGGAGUUUCUGCCCUGGAUGAUGUCACGUUCCAGAACUGCUCCCUUCCCCCGGCGACAACGGAAUGCCCUCUCUUCACACACUUCUGGUGCUUGCACAGCGGUGCCUGCGUGGAGCACUUGCAGCGCUGUGACCUGGUGGACGACUGUGGGGACGGCUCUGACGAGGAGGGCUGCUCCCCAGAGCUGCAGUGUGAUUUCGAACAGGGCCUGUGCAGCUGGACUCAGGAGCGGAGUGGAGCGGACAUGUUUGACUGGAGCCAGAUCCAGGGCCCCACACCGACCUUCAACACGGGCCCCAUGAAGGACCACACCCUUGGCACCGUCAACGGGCACUACGUCUACAUCGAGGCCUCCGCUCCUCAGGAGUUUAAGGACAGGGCCGUGCUGGUGAGCCGGAUCUUCCAGGCCACGCCACGCCACGGCCAGGGUCAACCUCAGCACCCCUGUGUGUUCAGGUUCCACUACCAUAUGUUUGGUUCCCACGUCUACCGACUGGCGGUCUACCUCAGAACUUCCAGCACCGGCAAUGGUCACAUGCUGUGGGUUCGCUAUGGCAACCAAGACAACCUGUGGCACAGGAAGACCCUGUAUCUCAACAGUGCCCGGCCCUUUCAGAUUUUGGUGGAGGGCACAGUUGGUGAUGACUUCAAUGGAGACAUCGCCAUUGAUGACCUUUCAUUCCUUGACUGCGUCCCAUAUGAAGGUAAUUUAGAACCUCCACACUCAGUCAUCCCACUCUUGAGCCCCAGCCCCACCCCUACGCCUACCCCCACCAUGACCCCCACGGCCCAGCCCCACAGCUGCCCCAAAGGGGAGUUUGUGUGUGGGGCCCCUGGGGAGUGUGUGGACCAGAGUAAGGUGUGUGACUUCAGACAUGACUGUUCCGAUGGCUCAGAUGAGUUCAGUUGUGUGAAGGAGGUGUGUGACUUUGAGGGGGGUGACCAGUGUGGAUGGACCAUCAGCUGUCACGCCAUAUCCAACAACCAGCACUACUUCAUAUGGCUCCCUGACCAGGGGGAAACCAUUCACUACGGGGAGCAGUACCAUCGGCCCGUCAACGACCACACCUUGGGCAGUAAGGAGGGAUGGUACAUGUAUGCUGACAGCUCUAACGGUGGUUAUGGCCACAUCACUGACCUCCAGACUCCCGUCAUCUCAUCUACUGGGCCCCAGUGCACCCUGGGAUUCUGGUACCACAUGAGUGGGUUCACAGUGGGGGCUCUGCAGGUGCUGUUGAAGUUGGGAAAUGUUACCCAGGAAGUGUGGUCGCAGACCGGUAACCAAGGCAACCAAUGGAGACGUGGAGAGGUCUUUUUGGGGAAAUCCAGCAACUUCCAGGUGGUGUUCCGGGCCAAGCGUGGAAUCAGCUACCUUGGAGACGUGGUGAUUGACGACGUUGCCUUCCAGAGCUGUGCCCCGCCCCUCACCCCUGGGCUACCCUGUGGUCCUGAGGACUAUGCCUGCGCCAACGGGCACUGCAUCCCCCACGGCAACCUCUGUGACUUAAUCGAUGACUGUGGCGACGGCUCUGACGAGGACCUCUACAUCUGCAAGGGAUUCAGCGGACGCUGCAACUUUGAGUUUGACCUCUGCUCCUGGCGCCAGUGCAAGCAGGAUGAUUUUGAUUGGUUGAUCAAAGCUGGCAGCACCCCUACGGUUGGCACAGGGCCUUCCACAGACCACACCCUGCGGGACCCGUCUGGUCACUACCUCUACCUAGAGACCUCCUUCCCCCAGGCGGUCGGAGACUCCGCUCGCAUCACAGGACCCCUCCUCAGCCACAGGAGCAAGCAGUGCAAAAUCCGCUUCUACCUGCACAUGUCUGGAGUCGGCAUCGGAUCUCUCCACGUUCUCCAGGUGACCUCUUCCUCUCCCCUGCUGCUCCUGAACCUGACGGGAGACCAGGGGAACUACUGGCAGCGCAGAGAGAUCGCGCUCGCCUCCCUCGUGGACUUCCGGGUCAUGUUUGAGGGCACAGUCGGCCACACCGCUAAGGGGGACGUCUGUCUGGAUGACAUCACCUUCUCGUCUGGAUGUCUGCUCUCCUCCUCCUCUCCAGGGGAGCCUCCGUCACCUCCGGGUCCUUGUCUGCCAGGUUUCCUGCAGUGCAAAAAUGGCCGGUGUUUUAGUCCGAAGCAUCUCUGUGACUUCAGAGACAACUGUGGCGACGGCACAGAUGAAAAGGAUUGUGGGACUUCCUGCACCUUCGAGAGCGGCCGCUGUGGUUGGAAGAGUUCCCUGGCGGAUAACUUUGAUUGGACUUUGGGUGGUGGCUUUGACAAAAGCGUUCACCCACCAUUCGACCAUACUUUAAACAACGAGAGAGGACAUCUUGUCUAUCUGAAGGCCACUCCUGUGGGACUGAAAGGAGACAAAGCUCACAUGAAGAGUUCUCCAUGGAAGGAGUCCAGCUCCAUCUGCAAGCUUCGCUUCUGGUACUACAUCUCCCAGAAGGCAUCAGGCACCAUCCGCUUACUAGUCAAGACCGAGAAUGCUCUGACGGAGGUGUGGAGCCGAACAGGGAACCAGGGAAAGCAGUGGAACCGAGCAGAGGUUCCUUUGAGGAAACUGAGAGACUUUGAGGUUAUUUUCGAAGGGGUUCGUUCUGCAGACCUGGGCGGAGGGGCCUCCCUGGAUGAUCUGGAGUUUCUAGACUGUGCCCCUAAUGCUGUGGUCCCUGACUCCUGUCCGGUCGUCACUGACUUUGUGUGUGGCAGCGGGGACUGUGUGGAGGCCCGUCUGGUGUGUGACAGCAAGGCCGAUUGCGAGGACGGUUCAGACGAGCGACACUGUGACCACAUAUUAGGCCUUCCAGGUGCCUGUAACUUCAACAUGGACCAAUGGGAAGACACCUGCCAGCUGUCUCAGGACCCUGGCAACGACUGUGAUUGGAGGAUUGGCCAGAAGAGUGACACUCCCGGGACGGGACCUAGCGGUGACCACAGCCCUGACAGAGGGGGGAAGUACCUGUACGUCCACUCAGCCAUUCAGAGGGAGGGGGACAUCGCCACGGUGACGACACGGCACCUGUUCCCGGCCAGUAUCGGCCUGUGCCACCUGCGCUUCUGGUUUCACAUGCUUGGUUCUGAGAAGAUGGGUACUCUGAAGGUCUACACCCUGGAACCCAGUGGAACCAGUCUCCUAAUGUGGGCCGCCAGUGGUAACCACGGAGACCAGUGGUCCUACGCCAACGUUAUAGUGUCCAACCCGGGGCCGUUCAGGGUACGCUUCCAGGUCGAGGUGGGCGGAGACAUCUGGACGGACAUCGCCCUGGAUGACAUCUCCUUCACGCCAGAGUGUACAGUUGGAGGACCGGUGACCCCCCAGCCCCCGACCUGUGACCCAGAGCACUUCCAGUGUCUCUACUCCUUCUACUGCAUCCCCCUGAGCUGGAGGUGUGACGGCCAGGCCGACUGUGCUGACCAAUCAGAUGAGGAGCAGUGUCCCAGCCUGACCCCGGGCACCGUGCCCCCCCAGGACCGUUGCCCCCCAGACCAGUACCAGUGCUCAGACUCCAGCUGCCUGCCCUCCAUACUGCGCUGUGACGGGGUCCCUGACUGCCCCAAUGGAGAGGACGAAUAUAGCUGCCCUCUGCUGCAGUGUGAGGUGGGGGAGCUGGUGUGUGAGAACCCCCCCAGGUGUCUCCCCCAGCACCAACGCUGCGACCAAACUGUCGACUGUCUCACCUUCCAUGCGGAUGAGUCUAGCUGCCAUGAAUGUCAACCAAAUUACUGUUUGUAUCACGGCUUGUGCCGUGUGAAGAAUCGUGGGCCGGUUUGCAUAUGCUCCCCUGGUUGGACGGGCAUCCGGUGCCAUGUGAAAAAGAAGCCUUCUCCCUCCAUCCUACCCCCUGAGCCUGACUCCAAACUAGAGGCCAUGUACGCAGGUAUAGCUGUUGGACUGGUCCUUCUGAUAGUGGGCAUCACAGUCUCUGUUGUGUUUCUCUUCUUGAAGAAGCACUCUUUGAUUAAGCAUGAUCUCAUGGACUAUGGCGUGAUGAAUAACGCGCCCUUUAACUGGAGAUCAGAGCCACCCUCCCUGGAGGUGAGGCCCAGAGCCUCCCCUGCUUCAAACCCACAGAUGGGUGAGGGUCCUGGGCUGCCCAUCAGCGUCUACCCCUGGAGAAGGAAUGUGGAGGGUCCAGGGGACAGAGAUGCCAGACCGUCCUUCCCAAACCCACUGUACCAGUACCCCUCAGCUGGGGCAGCUAACAGCAGCUCAGAGGCAUAACCACACAUCACAACAUCAGAUAACAACAGCCAUAAUACCCAUGUUAUUAUCACCAUCACAGCCCAGGAUGGACAACAGUCUUGGUGACAUAUUCAUGAAUGUAUUUGUGAAGCUAUCUGGCAACCAAUGUUAUAAAUCCUCUCAGCACCUUCUCGGUCCAUGUUUUCUGUGUAAAGUUGAGCUGUUUUGAGGUUCGGAUUCGUGUACUUCUAGCAUGUCUCAACAUAUGUUUCUAAUAGUGAGGAUCUGGAUCAUCAUAAAACUUUAAUUCAGGCAAUGUAUCAGCCUGUGUUCCAACAUGAUUUGGCAUUUUGAAUUUACAUUCAGUGGCGUUGAGUAGGGUGUUCAGUAAUAAAAUGAUACAGAGCGAUCCAAACCUGUGACUGUAUAACGGUAUUGAGGCAGUUCUGAGUACCCCGUCUCUUUCCGGCUUUCUGCAGAAUAUAAACUGAGUCAGAAAAAAUGUUGAGCUGUGCUCUUUACAAGGUGUUGGAAGGUGAAUGUCUCCAGAAUGAAUAAAAUCAUUUGAUAAUUUGA